GAGCGCGUUGCCGGUGCGGCAACAUCGAGUGCGUUCUCCUUCGACUGACCGCGCUCAUCCCCGGGUUUUGUUCCACUCGAGAGAAUCGCCGGGAACCGCACCGCCACGAUACCGGAGGAACGCGAGGAAGAACAGUCGGUUCCUAAUUUCUAUCCGGAGAUCCAAAAGUGGUUGAGAGUGGAGAACGCCGAUCUUAGUGAAUUAAUUUAAAUAAAAGAAGAGUGCAUGUGACAGUCGCAUCGUCGGAGAACAUGUUCUGAGAGUUUAUCCCUCGCGUGUCGUGUCGUUUUCUUUUUCUUCGCUCGGUGAUCGCGAAACAAAGGGACCGAGAAUGGCGAACGAGACGUUGGCGCGCGAGGUGGACGCGCACAUAGUCACUAUCCUGUCGAGGCUGUCGGCCCUGCGGGAGAACAAUACCGACGUGACUGACAGAAAAGUGCCCAUGUCCAUCGAGUUACGCAGUCUGGAGCUGUGGCGAGCGGUGGCCGUCGAAUGCCUGGCCACGUUCCUCUUCAGCCUCGUGGUGGCCGGCGCGGCCGCCGCCUCCGCCGUAUCCGGAAGCGGCCUCUCCGCGUUAGCCACCGCUGUAGCUUCCGGUUUCGCCAUCGCCGCGAUCUCCCUCAUCUUCAGCCACAUAAGCGGUGGACACGUGAAUCCGGCGGUCUCGGUAUCGUUUGCUUUGUGCAGACGGAUUUCCCCGCUUCGCGCGGUGCUGUACGUCGCGGCACAAUGCGGUGGCGGUAUAGCCGGGGCGGCGAUGCUCUAUGGAGUAACUACACCUUCGAGUACGCAGACCCUGACAUCCCCCGGUCGAUUAGGGGGUCCAAUCGAGAAGCUUUUGAUUGAGAUAGCACUAUCAGUACUUAUUGUGCUAGCUCAUUUCGCUGUGGACUCACCUAGAUCAUUGCCACCUACGAUUUCUUCGAAAGCUUCCGCAGUAUUAGCCGCUGCCUAUACGGCGGCUACUCUCGUUUUCAGUCCUUUCCUGAAUCCAGCGCGCGCGUUGGGUCCGGCUUUCGUGAUGAAUCGCUGGGACAACCACUGGGUGUACUGGGUGGGCCCGCUGUCGGGAGGUGCUGUGGCGGCUCUGCUGCACGAAUACGUUCUGAAUUCCAGACGCACGAAGGAUUCGCGCGACAUGGACGAUGGUGACAACUCGUCCAUGAGGUCCGACGAGGACACGUACGACGAUCUGGACAAGCCGAACGGGCCCAAGUUCCCCGGCGCGUACGCGACCUAUCGCCCGGUCGCCGGCGCGUCCUCGUCGAUCUACAGCGCACCGCCGUCCGCAUUGGAACGUGUCGAGUCGAUCUACGGUGGCACCAAGUCGCUCUACUGCAAAUCGCCGCCGUUGACGCGCGCCAAUCUCAACCGCUCGCAGAGCGUCUACGCGAAGUCGACGUCGGGCCCGCGGGACGGUCUGAUGAUCCCGAAGCCGGGCCCGCUGGUGCCGGCGCAGAGCCUGUAUCCCAUCAGAUUAGGUCAGAACGGCUGUCAGAACGGCGCACGCGAGACCCAGCCCGGCCUCGGCGGCCCGCCGAGUCAGACGCAGAAUCACAACAGCACCAAUCAGAACAUGCAGAAUCAGCUGCAGCAAUGCACUCAGAGCAUCUACGGCAUCCGCGGGAUCUCCACGGGUCUCAGCACUCGGGAGAACGGUAUCUACGGAGUUUCCACCGGGUCCACCAUCUACGGUCGCGCGCCGGCACCACCGCCGAGCAGCCAGAAUUCGCAGCAGUCCAGUCAGAGUGGUCAGUCCUCGAUACAGAAUCAUCCGCCGCCGCCGCCGCAGCCGCCGUCGCAACAGCAGCAGCAGCAACAGCAGCAGCAGCAGCAGCAGCAGCAACAGCAUCAGAACGGACCGUUAUCGAGCAGUUCGGAUAGUGGGAACUCCAGGCGGCCCGAGAGCAUGUACGGCCACGUGUCGAGACGCAGCGACGAUUCCGCGUACGGCAGUUACCAGAGCUCCACGCGGGGAAAUUACGGCAAGGUGCCUGGACCACCGGGCCCACCCAAUGGACCCCCGCAGUAUCGCGAUCAGGGAAGGCCGAGUCCGGCCGGACCUCUUCAACAGAAUCAAAGCGCGCAGAGUAGCUUCCAAAGAAACUCGCCGAAUCCUCAGUAUUGACUGUAGACUGACGACGGACGGACCGUCGUGGUCCACGCGAUCGUUGAACCACCUUGCCUCUGCUUAUGCUGACGAAAUAACUUCUCGGUGAACGUUCUAGGAAUCUCGUGAUCCUUUCACUCUAAAUACGAAUAGAGUUCGUCCUAAUACGUUAAAAGAUAUUAUUCGCGAUGGCAAAUUCUAUAAAAUCCAAUUUGAGAAUUCUGCUUCGUUUUGUGGAACUAAUGGCGAUUGGACCAAUACUAUUAUUAUUAUUAUUAUUAUUAUUACUACUGCCGUAUCAAUAAAUCUUAGAACUUGUAAAUAUGUCACAAUAACGUAUACACGGUGUGCUCCUGCACGAUGUUGAGAGAAAAAGAACCGUGCGAUUUGAUAGGAAUUUUUUUAUUAACGUUUUAUAAUAUUAAUAUGUAACUAUCGGAAGUAAACAAAACGUAGAAGAAAUGAAAUCAUGAAAUACCCCGAAAAUAUGUAGAGGAAUAAAUUUAGCAUACAAUCUAAAAAAAAUUUUCAUCUAUGUCCAAAAAUGGAUUGAUCUUCGAGUCGGCUCGUACGAUGCGCCUGUAUAUAAAUAUAAAUGUUUUAAUUUAAUUUACUCAUAUAAGAAUAUCAUAUAUCGAUUUAGCUGAUAUACACCAAAUCCCUGCAAGGAAGCGAUGUACUGAUUUUUCUAUUACAAAAGCUUCACUCGUAGGAUUAUUAAUCUUUUUGCACAACAAUGGAACCAAAUGAGAAAGUCGGAAACUUUACUCUAUAGAUAUUACUUUUUGGCAUUUCGUAAUAAACGCACGAUAGUAGCCAAUUAUAGUGAUUCCAUAGCGAAAGAGAGUUAAAUCGCACAUAGAAUUCUGAUAAUUUUAGAGAUAAUCUAAUUAGAAAAAUCUGUAAAUAGAUUAAAGAAUGCAAUUCUAAUUAAAGAAUGUAACUCUUUCAUCUCCUUUUUCAUUAUUCGGCGAUGUCACGAUUUUUUAUCUCUCCAUCUUAUUUGUUGACAAUUUUUUAUCAUUUACGAAAUAUAUUGGCGGAUUAAAGACGCCAUUCGUGAUUUGAAUUCAAAUCUAUUUAUUUUUAACAGCAAACAAGCGCCUAAUUAAAUUUAUGAUUUGUAGUUGUACAUAGAAUAUUAUAUUAUAGAUUUAGAAAUGGACCUCUCUCUUUCAAUAUUUGCAAAAUCGAGGGUGAAAUGAAUCCUUUGAGGAAAAGAAACGAAAAAGCGUCUCUCUAUAUUCCUUCUUGGACAAUAAGAUCGCUUUGAAGCGUUUUAUCGUAUAUAUUAGAUUAACGAAAGAUUGAUCUCGUGCUUCGUAAUCGUGAGUUUCUCUUUGUACAAAUUAAUCAUUUCAAGUUGAUUUCAUGUGUUGGAUUUCAUGUGUUCUAAUUUCUGUUUUGAGUAAAGAUGAACAUUUGCGAGUCAUAAUAAAUACUAAUUGGUAUCAGUUAAGUAAUUGUGAAAUUUAUGUAUAAUUAUAAAUUGAAUCAAAUUUUAGAUU